UUGAUACAAGUGGACACAAAGAGUGGGGUACAGUACAUUGUGGUACUAAAUGAUGAAUGUAAUUCUUUACAUUCAAGUGUCUCCGACCCCCAACAACGAAGAUUAUUAAAUGCGGCACUAACUCAUAUAUAUAUGUCUGGUGGAACUGUAAAAGUAGAUGAUAUGUGGAAAUUUCUUACUGAAGCGGGCUUGCUAGAAGAAAACGAUUAUGCUGGACGCAAACUUUUAACAAACACGAUGACAAGACAAAUGUACUUACAAUACAACAAGGUUGGAGAUGGUGAAUUAGCAAGAAACGUUUUCGAGUGGGGACAAAGGGCGAUAGAAGAAGCACCUAAAAUGUAUCUUCUCAAGAAAAUGGCCGAAGCAUUUGAUAAGAGCCCUGGUCAUUGGUGCGAACAGUACAAAGAAGCCACAGAAGGCACCUAG